AUGGCAGCGACAUUUAAGCCUCGCCUGGAAUCAGACCUCUCCGACACUGUGCCUCAAGGUCAAAAUCAUCACAGCCGUUAUUGUGGAGGCUACCAGUGCAUUAAGACUAAUGGCACUUUAACUCAUUCCUUCUCAACAGAGGAUGGUCAAAUGGCGAUCGCGAAUAGGGGAUAUAAAAUGGAUCACAAUAAAGAAGAUGAGGUGGAUGAUGCUUCACCACAACUGGAGGAUGUAGAAGCAUUGAUUAGAGGCUACUCUCAUUCCCAUAAACUAGAGGAUGAGGAUGAGGUGCUAGAAGGAGAUGGUAAUGUGAACGAUUGCGAUGAUUACGAUGAUGACGACGAAAAUGUGAUAAAUGGAUCUUCCCCUAUUCUCCUUUCGGAAUGUCCAGAGUUUCAAGCCUAUCUACAACCAUUGCAAGUAUCCAGCCACGAAGACAAUCCGAUAUUAAACGAUGAGGAUGAAAUUGUCUUUGGGUUUGUGCCUUUGAAGAACAAAAAUUUAUCACCUCAAAACAAGGAGGAGCGAGACAAUGAAAGCGUCUUAUGGGAACUUAUUGAGGCCGAAGCCGAAGCUUUGUGUUUGUCUGAGAAAGGCAUAGCCUGUUGUCAACGCAAUGCCGUGGCACCCUCUCCAACUAAAAGGACUUCUGGACAUAAUUUAUCCAAGGUAGGAGCAAACAAUUUUUCUACCUAUCUCCUAUUAAUAUAG